GUAGAUCUGGAUCCAGAGCCAGAGUCCAGAGUGGAGGGAGGAGGCCAGGCUGGGCCCACCUCAGGCAGAGGCCAUGGACAGCUCUCCCGACUCCGCAGCUCCUCCCUGGAGAUCAGAGAAAAGGAAAUAAGAGAAAAAGGGUCAGAGAUCCUUAGGGAACAGCUGGACGCUGCAAAGAAGGAACUGAAACUAAAAGACAAAGAGUGUGAGCGUCUGUCGCAAGUCAGGAAUCAGUUGGAACAAGAGCUGGAGGAGCUGACGGCCAGUCUGUUUGAGGAAGCUCACAAGAUGGUGCGUGAAGCUAAUGUCAAACAAGCAGCAGCAGAGAAACAGCUGAAGGAGGCUCAGGGGAAGAUUGACGUUCUGCAGGCAGAGGUGACGGCACUCAAGACUCUGGUGUUGACCUCCACACCUUCUUCACCAAACCGUCAGCUGCAUCCUCAGCUGCAGUCUUCAGGUACCAGGGGAGCAUACAAACACGUCGGCGGCCACAUUCGCAACAAGAGCGCCAGCGGAGGCUUUCCGUCCUCAUCUGGAAAACCAGAGCCUUCAUCUGUUUCCAUUCAGCCUGCGGCCAAAGAGGACCGAGAGAUGGACUCAGUUCUGUUUGCAGAGUUUUUGAUGUGGAAGGAACAUCCGAGUCUUGACCGUUCCUCCGCCUUCCUGAGUCGCAUUUAUUUAGAAGACAUCGGACCCUGCCUCUCCUUCACACGAUCCGAGCUGUCCCAGCUGGUUCAGAGCGCAGUGGAAAACAACUCUCUGACUAUCGAGCCUGUGGCCAUGUCCGCAUUACCGAUGGUUAAAGCCUCGGCCGUAGAAUGUGGAGGUCCUAAGAAAUGUGCAUUAAGCGGCAUGUCGCGGCUCUGCCGACAUCGCAUUAAACUCGGCGACAAGGGGAGCUAUUAUUACAUCUCUCCUUCCAGCCGUGCACGGAUCACGGCUGUCUGCAAUUUUUUCACUUAUAUCCGGUACAUCCAGCAGGGGCUCGUGAGACAUGAUGCGGAGCAGAUGUUCUGGGAGGUGAUGCGUCUUCGCAGAGAGAUGACUGUGGCCAAGUUAGGUUUCCACCUCACUGACCAGGGCUAAAGGACCUGACUGUCCACUUAAACACCCACUAGGACAACAUGAUCCCAGGACCUUGAUUACUCAGAACAGUAACUAGGGUAACUGUGGUAACUCACAGGUCAGUUUUUGAUCAGGUUGUGCAGCAUCAGAGCUGCAGCAGAGGGCAACCAACAAGGGAAGCAGAAAAUGUUGACGCGCCACUUUUGGAAAUGCAAUGAGACAAUUAGAAUCAAACCAGCACAGCAAGAAAGACUUAAAAUUCCUUUAAAGAUGGCGUUACACCCAGAAAUGUUUCUCUGUCACACCACAUGCUGGGAAACUAACUACUGUCCUCCAGUAAUCGUCUCCACUAGCGUAGAGAAUGUUUGUUUUUAUUCUUGUGAGCUCUUUAUCUCCCAGGUGGAGGAAACACUUGUCAUGGUAACACAGUUGAUUCUAUGUGUCAUGUUUCAGGCAUUAGGCUGUUGAAAUGAUGAGCACAACACAGAGUUUAGUUGGUUGUUUACCUCAAGUAUUACAGCUAUGUAAUGUGACAGUUAUAUUGUUUUCACAAAGCAGUGAUUCUCAUUGUUUUCUCUGUUUUCACCUUCAUCCAGUGCUCGCUAACAUCUCUUAGUUCAUUAUCAGCUCAAACACCACAGCCAAGACUUUUGUGUCUCAGCAUGGCCUUAAUUAAGUUGAUGCACUCUUGCACUUCCUGGUCUUGAUGCCUUGUGUUAUUAGCCUCAUUCAGCCUCUUGCAAGAACCAGCAUCAUGUUAGGCCUGGAUUUAAUAAUCAGAUGUAUUGUUGAUAAAGUAAUUAUUACACCUCCAUGCACAAAAUAGAGGAGCUUUACAAUAUAGACAGAAAAAAUGAGCUUUAAUGCAAGUGUUUGCAAUACGUUUCAACUGUAGUUUUGCACGUCUACAAUGAACAGUAUGUACAUAGAGUAAAAGCCAUAAAUGACUUUGCAUGAAUGCAAACCAUAGCCAUAUUACACAGUGUAUACUGGUUGUACCUCAUAGUCUAGAUUUGUUAUUAUUAAUGGCCAUUUUUUUUUACAGGUGAAAAUGAAGAAUAUUGUCAGAAAGUGCAAUAACUGCUUCUCAGCCUUAUUGAAGGCUUUGAGGUUCAUAACCUCAGUGUACCGAUAAUUAACUGUAAACGCUCCAUUAAACACAAGGCAUUGUAGCCUGACUCUCA